CAUAUAAGUUUUGACCCUCAUAAAUCUCCACUCUCUCUGUCUGUCUUUCUCUUUCUCUCUCUUCCUAAGUCUCAAACAAACAGCUAUCUUCCAAUCCAUUUUUAUGAUGUGUUUCUUCAUUUUUCCUCCCCCAUAAGACAACCACCAAAGUGUCAUCAUUCAAAACCUUUUCUUUCUCUCCUCCUUUAAUGGUUUAGGUUUGCUUUUCUCUCUUUCUCUCUCUCUCUCUCUCUCUGUGUCUCUCUCUUCUUGAACACAUUCUUGUGCUUGGUAGGUUGUGCCGUUGAGGCCAUGGGCCCUCAACUCCACUGAUGAUUAAUAGUGAGAGGGUUUUCCAAUCUUCUCUUUCAGUGCUCUCCUUUGCGCCCCCCCCCCCCCCCCCAUUUCUCUUGCUGUCUCGCAUUUGAGCCUUUUGCAGUUGUAUUUCUCUCUUUCUCUCUCUCUCUCUCUCUCUCUCUCUCUCUCUCUCUUUUUGAGAAGAUAAGAUUUGGGGUUUCUGAUAAUUCGCUAUGGAAGCCAUGGCGUUUGAUUUGCUGAGGCAUUUCAUUAUGGGUUUUUGAUUCUGGAAGUGGGUUUUGAAGAUUGUGAGGUAAACAAUUUUGGGCUUGUGUUGUUUUUGACUUUGCUUUUCGUGUGGUUCGUGGAUUUUUGCAUGUGCAAUGUAUUCAGCUCGGGAUUCUUAAGGUUGAUUUUGGUGAAUUAUGGUUUUCUUCAUACGGAUUUUGACUGCGGCCCCGGAUUUAGGAACAAUUAGAGGUCACAUCUGUGCAGUAUCAUUCAGAGAAUCUUUGUAGAGGUCUUAGAAAUUGCGUUAAACAUUAUGAUGCUGAAUUCUGGAUGUUUAUUGGUGACGUAGAAGUUGGUUUAUGAUGAGUGAAGCAUUUGUGAGCUCUGCCUGUUAUAUGUAAGGACAUUAUGAUUGAGAGAUAAAUUAAUUGAUUUUUUGAAGUGGGAAUUUGUGGUAAAUUCGGUGGAUUUGGCAAGGCUUUGAAAGAAGAGAAAAUGGACAGAGUGAUACAACCACCGCUGGUUGACAGUACAGCAUGUUUAUGUAGAGUAGAUGCUGGCCUGAAAACUGUUGCUGGAGCAAAAAGAUAUGUUCCUGGGACAAAACUCUGUCUUCAACCUGACAUUAAACCGUCCAUUCAUCCAGCUAGGAAUAAGCCACCACGUGGCGAUAGGAGCCGUAACCAGUCCCCUCUGCUUCCUGGACUUCCUGAUGACCUUGCUAUUGCUUGCCUGAUCCGGGUCCCAAGGGCUGAGCACCGUAAACUCCGGCUAGUUUGUAAAAGAUGGUAUCGUCUUUUGACUGGUAACUUCUUUUACUCCUUAAGAAGGAGUCUUGGCAUUGCAGAAGAAUGGAUAUACAUCAUUAAGAGAGACCGUGAUGGAAAAAUCUCAUGGCAUGCCUUUGACCCAGUAUACCAGCUCUGGCAGCCCCUUCCCCCCAUUCCCAAGGAAUAUUCGGAAGCUCUUGGGUUUGGUUGUGCUGUUCUCAGUGGCUGCCACCUCUAUUUGUUUGGUGGCAAAGAUCCCCUGAAAGGAUCAAUGAGACGAGCUAUCUUUUAUAGUGCCAGGACCAAUAAGUGGCACCGUGCCCCAGAUAUGCUUCGGCGGCGGCAUUUUUUUGGCUCAUGUGUCAUAAAUAACUGCCUUUAUGUUGCUGGUGGAGAAAAUGAAGGAGUGCACCGGUCCUUGAGAUCAGCAGAAGUCUAUGAUCCCAACAAGAACCGAUGGUCAUUUAUUUCGGAUAUGAGCACUGCAAUGGUGCCCUUCAUCGGGGUUGUUUAUGAGGGUAAAUGGUAUUUGAAGGGCCUAGGGUCUCACCGCCAGGUGUUGAGUGAGGUUUACCAACCAGAAAAUGAUAGCUGGUAUCCUGUUUAUGAUGGAAUGGUUACAGGCUGGAGGAAUCCAAGUGCUUCUUUGAAUGGCCACCUCUAUGCUUUAGACUGCAAGGAUGGUUGCAAACUCAGGGUUUACGAUGAAGCUACAGAUUCUUGGAGCAAGCACAUCGACAGUAAGAUUCAUUUGGGGAAUUCUCGGGCCUUGGAGGCGGCUGCUCUAGUUCCACUUAAUGGAAAACUGUGCAUCAUACGGAAUAACAUGAGCAUCUCCCUUGUUGAUGUUUCAAAAUCCAGUGAUGACAGGGGAGCUACUGCUGAACAUCUAUGGGAAACUAUUGCUGGGAAAGGACAGUUCAAAACUAUGGUCACAAAUCUAUGGUCAAGCCUUGCUGGCAGGAACCGUCUGAAGAGUCACAUAGUUCACUGUCAAGUUCUUCAGGCUUAGACUUUAAACUACAAUCUGAAUUAUAGGUGGGCAUUUUGGGUUUUUUCUUUUUUCUUUUUUCUUUUUUUUAAUGUUUUUGAAAUACCAUGAUUGGAGGGGUUAGAAUGACAUUGUACAGAAGCCAAAAGCUUUGCCAAGAUGAUGAUGGCAAGGAACGCACAACUCCAUUGUUGUUGGUUCACGUGGACCAUGAAAUGUAGACAAUAGAUGAGGAAGAUGCUUGUUUUGCUGGACUUGUUUUGUCACAAAUAUUUCAUAUAAUACACAAAUGUUAGUUUUUAAAAUUUUAGAAA